AUGUGUCGCCACAUGACCAUCACUUACUCUUGCGGAUGCUUGACUAGGUCCGUCGAAGCUUGCCCCCAUUCAUUGAGCAUGAAAAUUGCUCCUGAAGACUGCCAAUUUCAUUUCUCGGAGCCGAUCCACAUAGACGAAGGUGACUGUCUCAGCUGUGUUGUCAGAACCACCCAGCGGAAUCAGAAGAAACUUGAAAGCAUGAAAUUGGAAGAUUUUCAUGUGGCAAACCUCAAGUUUCCACCAUCUCCAUCUUCACCACAAUCUCACUCGAAGUCCUUGGGAACACGCGUUCUCAAGCAACAGGAGAAAGCCACGGAACUCGAUAGAUCUUAUCAAGUUCCGGUGAGGAGGGAAAGUUGGGAAGAGGGAGAUGACGAAGAGACGCUCCGUCAAAGCGUCAGUCAAUCCCCAACCCCACGAGAAAUCGUGGAGCCACGCACAGUUUCAGUCGAGGGUGAAGUCGAGCCUUUCACACCAAAGAAGUCGGUGAGAAAGAUGAGCGAAGCGAUGAAGAAGAUGGCGAGGAGGUUCUCGAAGAAGAAGUAA